AUGAAUGGCGUUGCACGUGAUAACGACGUGGAUACAUUGCGGAAGGUCAUUGUUGUGAACUGCAGCCAGACACGGUAUCACGUGGUACGGGCGGCGGCAGUGGCACUGGGAUGGUACGUGGAAGAUGAGAACCGCGAAGAUGUCCCUGCCUAUUUUUACGAGGUGGCGUUGCGGAGUGAUGUGCGGCCGUAUACCAAACGGCUUGGGCCACGGGGUUUGGCUUAUGACGCAGGCAGUAGCCCACAAAUCCAGUGGCUUGACAAAAGUGUGCUGCCCUCGCGUGUUGCUGCGUUGUCGUGUCACCACCGGGUGAACCAUUUUCCUGCCAUGCACGUUGUUGCCCGGAAGGCUGUGCUGUUCAAGCGGCUGAUGCGCAUCCGACGGCAGCUGAAGGUGGACUCCGCCUUGGCCGCGGCGAUGCGCGGCUUCCCAUGGAGCUUCUCUGCGUCAACGGAGCUGCGGCAGCUGGAGCGGUUUCUCUGUGAUCGACAAGAGCAGCAGCAGUCACCCAAAAGCGAGCCCUUCUUCAUCCUGAAGCCGAACAGGGGGUGCCAAGGAAAGGGAAUUGUUUUGACGCCAGAGCCGCUUCAGGCGCUAGAAACUCUGACAGGCAAGGACGGGGAGGAUUGGCUUGUGCAGUUAUACGUGACGCCGCCCCUUUGUAUCGAGCGCAAGAAGUUUGAUCUUCGUAUUUAUGUGCUUUUGACCUCUGUCGUGGCUGGACGACCCCCGCGCCUGAGGAGAGGCAUGCCACAGCCGUUUCAGCCUGCUGCGAGCGCCGGUUACGCGGGCCUGCUUGAUGGACUGCAGUUGUUUGUCCAUCAAGAGGGUUUGGUGCGCAUCUGCGCGGAGGAGUAUGCCGCCCCCAGCAGAACCAGCUGCGGGCAGGUGAGAGUGCACUUAACGAAUUACGCUGUCAACAAGAACGCAGAGGGGUUUUCUGUGGGGUUCACAAGAGAGACGAGUCAUGGCGCCGUUUGUGAGGGCAACAAGCGGGACUUUAAGUUUUUGCAACACUACAUCAAUGGGCUGCCGGAUAAGGAGCGCGAUGUGGACUCGCCCGCUGAAGCUCCUGCUGUGACUCGCUGGGAGUGUCUGCUGCGCCGCAUCGACUUAUGCAUCAUGCUGACGAUCCUUUCCGGAUUGGAGGAGCUGCGACGGGAAUUCAUUGGCACCGGUGCAUCACGGGGCUCACGCAGUGAUGGACGGAAUUGCUUUGAACUCCUUGGCUUUGACUUCAUGCUGACGGAAGGUUUAGAACCCGUACUUAUGGAGGUGAAUCACUCCCCGUCUCUUUUUUGUGACUCCGCGUUUGAUUUUGAGACGAAACGCCGAGUGGUGAUGGACGUCUUUCGGCAGCUGGAGCCUCACGUGCCGUCUCUCGAGGCCUGCGACGACGCUGCGUACGCGGCCUACCAGGCGAUACCCCACGCAGCCGCGAGCGAUGCGACAGUCGGCUUUCGUCAGAUUUCACCGCAGCGAACUUCUGCCGCCACCGCUGGCAGUGAUGAUGGUUUCUGGUGCGAGGAGGAGAUGCGCAUGUUUGAGGAGAUGUUGCGGCUCACCCGAGUACGAUGA